AUGUCGGGCGCACAGCAGGACAAGUCCCUUUUCGGGAUGCCAGGUUUCGUGGUGGACUUCUUGAUGGGUGGUGUUUCCGCCGCCGUCUCGAAGACCGCUGCUGCCCCCAUCGAGCGUGUUAAGCUCCUCAUCCAGAACCAGGAUGAGAUGCUUAAGUCCGGUCGUCUCGACCGCAAGUACGAUGGCAUUGGCGAGUGCUUCAGCCGUACCGCUAAGAACGAGGGUGUCCUCUCCCUCUGGCGUGGUAACACUGCCAACGUCAUCCGUUACUUCCCCACCCAGGCGCUCAACUUCGCUUUCCGCGACACCUACAAGUCCAUGUUCGCCUACAAGAAGGAGCGUGACGGUUACGCCAAGUGGAUGGCCGGUAACUUGGCCUCCGGUGGUGCUGCCGGUGCCACUUCCCUCCUCUUCGUCUACUCCCUCGACUACGCCCGUACCCGUCUCGCCAACGACGCCAAGUCGGCCAAGAAGGGUGGUGAGCGCCAGUUCAACGGUCUCGUAGACGUCUACAAGAAGACCCUCGCCUCCGACGGUAUCGGCGGUCUCUACCGCGGUUUCAUGCCCUCCGUUGCUGGUAUCGUUGUCUACCGUGGUCUGUACUUCGGUAUGUACGACUCGAUCAAGCCCGUCCUCCUCACCGGUUCCCUCGAGGGUAACUUCUUGGCCUCUUUCGCUCUUGGUUGGGCCGUCACCACUGGUGCCGGUAUCGCCUCCUACCCCCUUGACACCAUCCGUCGCCGCAUGAUGAUGACCUCCGGUGAGGCCGUCAAGUACAAGGGUACCAUGGACGCCGCUCGCCAGAUCGUUGCCGCCGAGGGUGUCAAGUCUCUCUUCAAGGGUGCUGGUGCCAACAUUCUCCGUGGUGUUGCCGGUGCCGGUGUCCUGUCCAUCUACGACCAGGCCCAGCUCAUCCUCUUCGGCAAGAAGUUCAAGGGUGGAUCUGGUUAA